AAAAAGGAAAGAGUGUCAUGAAAGACUUACCACCGCAACCGUCAGGGCUGGUGUGGGAUGUGUAUGUAGUGAAGGCAAAGGAAAAUGAUAGUGGUUGUUGUCUUUGCAGUUACCUCUUCCACUUGUACUAGCUACCACUCCUUCUAAUAUGCCACCCUUUUGCCGCUAUUUCCCCAACUACCCCUUCUCUCUCUCCCUCUCUCUAACCAAACUAAACUAUCUACGCUGAAACACAGUACUCUCCACCAGCUUCUGCUCUUUACUGUUGUUGUUGUUGUUGUAUCACUUUCUUGUCAUCAAAUUCUCCAAUUUCUCAGACAAUGAGAACUGUUUUUCUUUGAUCUUUUCACACACAUAAUAACCUUUGUAAAAAAAAACCCCUCUAGCUAAAAACUAAAAUCUGUGACUCCCUUUUCUUCUUUUCUUCUUGUUUUUUUCUAACUUCUUGAUGGAAGCUCCUCCUUCGCCUAGUCCUGCCUCUCCUGCUACAAACGGAGGAGAGGAUUGUUGUGUCAAAGUUGCUGUUCAUAUAAGACCACUCAUCGCCGAUGAGCGAGCUCAAGGUUGUAAAGAUUGUGUCACUGUCGUGUCUGGAAAGCCUCAGGUACAAAUAGGCACACAUUCAUUUACCUUUGAUCAUGUCUAUGGGAGUAGUGGCACUCCUUCAUCUGCUAUGUUUGAAGAUUGUAUUGCCCCAUUAGUUGAUGGUUUAUUCCAAGGAUAUAAUGCGACUGUUCUUGCUUAUGGUCAGACGGGAUCUGGGAAGACAUAUACAAUGGGAACUGGCUUCAAAGAUGGUUUCCAGAUGGGAGUUAUUCCUCAAGUCAUGAAUGUUCUAUUCAGAAAGAUUGAAACUUUAAAACAUCAAACCGAAUUCCAACUUCACGUUUCUUUCAUUGAGAUUCUGAAAGAAGAAGUAAGAGAUUUGCUGGAUCCUACGACUUUGAACAAAUCAGAUACUGCAAAUGGGCACACAGGUAAAGUAAAUCUCCCAGGGAAACCACCAAUACAAAUUCGUGAGACUUCAAAUGGUGUCAUAACACUAGCAGGAUCGACAGAAGUUAGUGUUUGUACAUUUAAAGAAAUGGCUGCUUGCCUAGAACAAGGAUCAUUGUGCAGGGCAACAGGGAGCACAAAUAUGAACAAUCAAUCGAGUCGUUCACAUGCCAUCUUCACCAUCACCUUAGAGCAAAUGCGUAAGCUCAAUCCAGUUUUCCCUGGCGAUAGCAAUCCAAACGACAGUAUGAAUGAAGAGUAUCUGUGUGCAAAGUUGCAUUUAGUAGAUCUUGCUGGAUCUGAGAGAGCCAAGAGGACUGGUUCUGAUGGCAUGCGUUUUAAGGAAGGAGUUCACAUCAAUAAGGGCCUUCUUGCACUUGGAAACGUUAUCAGUGCACUUGGUGAUGAGAAAAAGCGAAAAGAAGGUGUUCAUGUUCCAUAUCGAGACAGUAAAUUGACUCGGCUUCUGCAGGAUUCGCUUGGUGGUAACAGCAGAACUGUUAUGAUAGCUUGCAUUAGUCCAGCUGAUAUCAAUGCUGAGGAAACCCUCAACACCCUAAAGUAUGCAAAUCGUGCCCGCAAUAUCCAAAAUAAGCCUGUUGUUAAUAGAGAUCCGAUGUCCAGUGAGAUGCUAAAGAUGCGCCAACAGCUUGAGUAUUUGCAAGCAGAACUUUUUGCCCGUGGAGGAGGAUGUUCAUCAGAUGAAAUUCAGGUUCUCAAGGAAAGGAUUGCUUGGCUUGAAGCUGCCAAUGAGGACCUUUGUCGUGAACUUCAUGAAUACCGCAGCAGAUGCACCACUGUAGAGCAACGUGAAACAGAUGCUCAAGAUGGCAGUAUCUGUUCUGUGAAAACUGAUGGGCUUAAAAGGAGCUUGCAUAGUAUAGAGUCACCAGAUUAUCAAAUGGGUGAAACUAUUCCUGCAGGAGACUCCAGGGAAAUUGAUGAAGAAGUAGCGAAAGAAUGGGAGCACACGCUUUUGCAGAAUACCAUGGACAAAGAAUUGCAUGAAUUGAACAGACGUUUGGAGGAGAAAGAGUCAGAGAUGAAACUUUUUGGAGGGGCUGACACUGCAGCUCUCAAGCAACACUUUGGCAAGAAAAUCAUGGAAUUGGAGGAUGAAAAAAGAGCCGUGCAGCGAGAGAGGGAUCGCCUGCUGGCUGAAAUUGAAAAUCUUUCUGCUAGCUCUGACGGGCAAAAAUUGCAAGAUAUCCAUGCCCAGAAAUUAAAAACUCUUGAGGCACAGAUUAUGGAUCUUAAGAAGAAACAAGAGAACCAAGUUCAGCUUUUAAAGCAAAAACAAAAAAGUGAUGAAGCAGCAAAGCGAUUACAAGAUGAAAUUCAAUAUAUAAAGGCACAAAAGGUUCAGUUGCAACACAGGAUCAAACAAGAGGCAGAACAAUUCCGACAGUGGAAGGCCUCUCGGGAAAAGGAACUGCUGCAGUUACGGAAAGAAGGGAGAAGAAAUGAAUAUGAAAGGCAUAAGCUACAAGCUAUAAACCAGCGCCAGAAAAUGGUUCUUCAAAGAAAGACAGAAGAGGCUGCAAUGGCUACCAAGAGGUUAAAAGAGCUGCUUGAAGCUCGAAAAUCUUCUGCACGAGACAACUCAGCUAUCUCCAAUGGAAAUGGAGCAAAUGGUCAGAGCAAUGAGAAAUCCUUGCAACGUUGGCUUGAUCAUGAGCUGGAGGUCAUGGUAAAUGUGCAUGAAGUCCGCUUUGAAUAUGAGAAGCAAAGCCAAGUGCGAGCUGCACUGGCAGAAGAGUUGGCUGUGUUGAAGCAAGUAGAUGACUUUGCUUCAAAAGGAUUGAGUCCUCCACGAGGAAAGAACGGAUUUGCAAGGGCUUCUUCUAUGUCACCAAAUGCGAGAAUGGCCAGAAAAUCAUCACUUGAAAACAUGUUGAGCAUAUCGUCUAAUUCUCUUGUUGCAAUGGCUUCACAACUUUCAGAAGCAGAGGAGCGAGAGCGUGCAUUUACAAACCGUGGACGUUGGAAUCAGCUUCGUUCCAUGGGAGAUGCGAAGAAUUUGCUUCAGUAUAUGUUUAAUUCUCUGGGAGAUGCCAGGUGUCAACUAUGGGAGAAGGAAAUGGAAAUAAAAGAAAUGAAGGAGCAAUUCAAAGAACUUGUAGGUCUAUUGCGACAAAGUGAAUCACAAAGAAAAGAAGCUGAAAAGGAGCUAAAAUUGAGAGAGCAAGCACUUGCCGUGGCUUUGGCUACAGCAGCCUCUGCUGACCAAGAACAGAGGAACUCCCACAAUUCACUGAAACAUUUCAAUGAUGACAUGAGUGGUCCACUGUCUCCAGUGUCUGUGCCGGCACAGAAACAGCUAAAAUAUACGCCAGGAGUUGCUAAUGGUUCAGUCAAAGAGUCAGCCGCAUUCAUAGAUCAGACCAGAAAGAUGGUGCCACUUGGGCAGUUGUCAAUGAGAAAAUUAGCAGCUGUAGGGCAAGGCGGGAAGUUAUGGAGGUGGAAGAGAAGUCAUCACCAGUGGCUUUUACAAUUCAAAUGGAAGUGGCAGAAACCAUGGAGACUGUCAGAAUUGAUCAGGCACAGUGAUGUAAUGGUUAUGAGGGCAAAGGCUCGUCAACAGGCUGCUCUGCCACGUAAAGUAUGAUGUCAUGUCGUCACCAGAUUAUUCUUGCCUGAUACUCAUCUUUGACCUAUAAGUAUGAUCCUAACACAGCACAGAAAGCACCUAUAGACGCGUGGAGUGAUCUGGGAGUGGCUGUUGAAGAGAUCUGCUUAUAGCUCGCGUGGAUGAGCUGAUUUUGGAAAGCAAUAGGUUUUAAUCUUGGAAAUUUCUUUUUUUGCUGUGGUCACCACAUUUGAAGCAUCUUGUAAAGCAGUGUUGAUGCGGCCAAUUGUUGACCCCAAAUAUUUACUACAAGAAGUGCUGAUACCUGUGAUGGUGUGAGUUGCAAGAUGACAGUAAAAGAACAUCUUGCUCCAGGUGUCUCUAAUGUUUUGGUAUAUAUUCUGCAAUAACAACUCUUUCAAGGGAAGAAAUCCCUCUCCAGAAGUCACAGAAAUGUAUAACAAAGGUUUUUUUGUUUUUUUUUAGUGAUUGUAUGUAAGUUCUAGCUAAACAUGUUCCAAUGUUUAUUGUGUAUAAGCAAUAUUGAUUCUGUUGAAAGGGAUUGAAGGCUGUAGUGUUUUCUGUCACUUGACAGCAAAAAAAAGUUGUUUAGAGAAUUUAUUGUACUUACUUUUUGGCUGUGACUGUAUCCAAGAAUAAGAGUGGUUUUGUUGAAA